UCUUCAAAAAACAAUUCUGAGAAUUAGUAAUGGAUUUUGUCUUAAAUAAAACAAGACGAUUAUUACUUUAAUUUUUUAAAGACAAAAAUUCAAAUCGUCAAGCAAAAGGAAAGAAAGAAAAAAAAAAAAAAAAAAAAGAAACUCCGUCCACAUAAGUAACUUCGUCAAUAGGUAGCCUAAACUUCCGUUGAAAGUCAAAAAGGUAUGCUAUAAAUAUCUUAACUGUAUUUGAACACUGUUCAUGUCUAUCUCUCGCUUUCUUUAACAUGGAUGUUAAGUGAAUUGAAAAUAAAAGGAACAAAAGAAAUCACAGCGACAAGUGAAUCCGAAUUUCCGUUCGUUUGCUUGAGUAAUUUCUUCGGUUCUUGCUACUCCAGGUGUUCGAAUUGGAGUUAUUGGGUGAAUGAAUGAUUCAAUCUUUUAGAGGAACACAUCCUACAACACUACCCAAGUUUUAGUUUCUUGCAUUGUGGAUGUUUUAUAAGAAUUUUGUUUUUAGGAUUGCAUUCUCCUUUUGGCUUUUUGAGGUUGUCAUUAUUGAUAGCCUUGAGUUUAUUGGGUCUAUCCCCAUUUGAAUUUUGAACAAUGAUGCGUAAUAGGGUUUAGAAUUCCAAUUUUUGUAAAGGCAGUAGAUACAUAUCUGCUGGAUUUGCAAUAUUGAUGGCUAGUGUAGCACUUAGUACAGUGAAUGAAGAAUCUUUAAAUCUCCAUUGCAAUUUGGCCAGAUGGCAUGGUCCUCCACGCUCCAAUGACUCGAUCUUGAUUUUUCUAUCUGUUGCCGGGUCCCUGAUUCCUAUGCACGUCAUGGAGUCGGAUUCUAUUGCUUCUGUGAAGCUGAGGAUUCAGGCCUCCAAAGGAUUUUUUGUGAAGAAACAAAAAUUAGUGUUUGAAGGGAGGGAACUGGCUCGCAGCAAUUCUCAUGUGAGGGACUAUGGUGUUGCGGAUGGAAAAGUGCUGCAUUUGGUUCUCAGACUUUCAGAUCUCCAAGCUAUUACAGUUAGGACUGUGUGUGGGAAAGAGUUUAAAUUUCAUGUUCAGAGGGGUAGAAACGUAGGUUAUGUGAAGCAGCAGAUUUCUAAGAAGGGGAAAGGAUUCAAUCUCAUUGACCAAGAAUUGAUUUGUGAUGGUGAGGAACUUGAGGAUCAAAGGAUUAUUGAUGAUAUCUGCAAGAGUAAUGAUUCUGUGAUUCACUUGCUUGUUCGGAAAUCAGCCAAAGUAAGGACCAAAACUAUCGACAGAGAUUUUGAGUUGUCUAUUGAAGCAUUGGAUUUGAGUGAUAGCGCAGAUUGUGUUGUAGGAGAACAUCAAAAGCAGGCACUAGCUCUUGAAUAUAGGGCUUUAGACAGGAAACCAUUAUUGCAAGAUUUCAUUUUGGAGCCUCUAAUUGUUAAUUUCAAAGUUGAACUGCCAUUAGUGCUCAAAAAGUUGAUUAACUCUACAUCACUAGGAUUAGAAAGGGGCAAUGAACCAAUUAGAUCUUCUGAGGGAUCUGGGGGAGCUUAUUUCAUGCAAGACUCAUCAGGUCACAAAUAUGUUUCUGUUUUUAAGCCAGUUGAUGAGGAGCCAAUGGCUGUGAAUAAUCCUCGAGGGCUACCUGUGUCAGUGAAUGGUGAAGGACUGAAGAAAGGCACACGAGUAGGAGGAGGGGCAUUAAGGGAAGUUGCAGCUUAUAUAUUAGACUAUCCAAAGAAUGGGCCACGCUUAAGUUGGGAUGAUGAGAAGGGCUUUGCUGGGGUUCCACCCACAGUAAUGAUCAAGUGCUUGCACAAAGCUUUCAAUCAUCCAGAUGGUUAUAAGCGUUCUCUGAAGAAUAUAAAGAUUGGCUCGUUGCAGAUGUUUGUGGAGAACAGUGGAAGUUGUGAGGAUAUGGGUCCCCGUGCUUUCCCUGUGGAUGAGGUACACAAAAUCUCAGUCUUGGAUAUAAGGUUAGCAAAUGCAGAUAGGCAUGCUGGAAACAUACUAGUGACCAAAGAUGGUAAUGAAGGGAAGAUUGCACUUAUUCCCAUUGAUCAUGGUUAUUGCUUGCCUGAGAAUUUUGAAGACUGCACUUUCGAUUGGCUGUAUUGGCCUCAAGCUCAGCAACCGUACCCCAAAGAAAUUCUUGACUAUAUCAAAGAUCUUGAUGCUGAGCAGGACAUUGCCCUUCUGAAGUUUCAUGGAUGGGACAUACCACCUUCAUGUGCCCGCACCCUUCGCAUUUCCACAAUGCUGCUGAAGAAAGGAGCCAAGAGAGGGCUUACUCCCUUUGCCAUUGGAAGUAUCAUGUGUCGGGAAACAAUGAAGAAGGAAUCUGCGAUUGAGCGGAUUAUCCAAGAGGCUCAGGAUGCUGUGCUUCCAGAAAGUAGUGAGGCUGCAUUUCUUGAAUGUGUCGCAUCCAUUAUGGAUCAUCGUCUCGAUGAACUGUCCCAGUAAGCCUCUGCUAGAAAAUUUUGUAGAUAUAUAACACAUAAGCAGCUGUUAGUAUGCACAUGUAUAAUAAUUGAAGAUGAUACUCUUAUCCAUUGAUGGUACUGGGUUCUGCAUAAUUUGGAUUGGUUGUUGGAACUUGUGUGCUCAUCACUUGUCUCAUUUUGUCCAUACAGCUAACCCUGUCUAGCAAGCCUGCCUCAGGUCAGAGUCCUUUUCCCUUUUUCAUGGAAAUGGUCGUUUAAGAAAAUUGGCCGAAUGAAAUUGUAAUAUGGAUGUUAUCAUGAUCUUUUGAUAGUUAUGGUGCUUGUUUGGACGAUAUGCACUUAUGUUGCAUUACAUUUUAUUAUAUCGUGUUCUUCGUC